GCGGGCGGCGGCCUAGAGAGGCGGCGGCUGCGGCGGUAGCGGCGGCGGGCGCCCGGGAGCUCGAGCAGGGGCCCCAGCCAGCUCGCGGCCGAGGCAGGCGAGCGCUUGGCGCCCUCGGGCGCGCCGAGGACAUGGCUGGCACCCGGGAACGCAAUGGGUGAGAGCUCAGCCUCUGUGGUUCUUAAUGCCUCAGCAGGAUUAUUUUCACUAAAGAUGGAAACACUGGAGUCUGAAUUGACCUGCCCAAUCUGUCUAGAAUUGUUUGAAGACCCCCUUCUGCUCCCUUGUGCUCAUAGCCUCUGCUUCAGCUGUGCCCAUCGCAUCUUGGUCUCAAGCUGCAGUUCUGGUGAAUCCAUUGAACCCAUUACUGCUUUCCAGUGUCCUACGUGCAGGUAUGUUAUCUCACUGAACCACCGGGGCCUGGAUGGCCUUAAGAGAAAUGUGACUCUGCAGAACAUUAUUGACCGUUUCCAGAAGGCUUCAGUCAGUGGACCCAAUUCCCCAAGUGAGAGCCGCCGGGAGAGGACGUACAGGCCCAGCACUGCCAUGUCUAGUGAGCGAAUUGCUUGCCAAUUCUGUGAGCAGGACCCGCCAAGGGAUGCAGUGAAAACAUGCAUCACCUGUGAGGUCUCCUACUGUGACCGUUGCCUGCGGGCCACACACCCCAACAAGAAACCUUUCACCAGCCACCGCCUGGUGGAACCAGUGCCAGACACACAUCUUCGAGGGAUCACUUGCUUGGACCAUGAGAAUGAGAAAGUGAACAUGUAUUGUGUAUCCGAUGACCAAUUGAUCUGUGCCUUAUGCAAACUGGUGGGGCGUCACCGAGACCAUCAGGUUGCAUCCCUGAAUGAUCGGUUUGAGAAACUCAAGCAAACUUUGGAGAUGAACCUCACCAACCUGGUUAAGCGCAACAGUGAACUAGAAAACCAAAUGGCCAAACUAAUACAGAUCUGCCAGCAAGUUGAGGUGAAUACUGCUAUGCAUGAAGCAAAACUUAUGGAAGAAUGUGAUGAGUUGGUAGAGAUCAUCCAGCAGAGGAAGCAAAUGAUUGCUGUCAAAAUCAAAGAGACAAAGGUUAUGAAACUGAGAAAGUUGGCACAGCAGGUUGCUAAUUGCCGCCAGUGUCUUGAACGGUCAACAGUCCUCAUCAACCAAGCUGAGCAUAUCCUGAAAGAAAAUGACCAGGCACGGUUUCUCCAGUCUGCAAAAAAUAUUGCUGAGAGGGUCGCUAUGGCAACUGCAUCUUCUCAAGUUCUUAUUCCAGACAUCAAUUUUAAUGAUGCCUUCGAAAACUUUGCUUUAGAUUUUUCCAGAGAAAAGAAACUGUUGGAGGGGCUAGAUUAUUUAACAGCCCCAAAUCCACCAUCUAUCCGAGAGGAACUCUGUACUGCUUCCCAUGACACCAUUACAGUCCACUGGAUCUCGGAUGAUGAGUUCAGCAUCAGCUCCUAUGAGCUUCAGUACACCAUAUUCACUGGCCAGGCUAACUUCAUCAGUAAGUCAUGGUGUAGUUGGGGCCUGUGGCCAGAGAUAAGGAAAUGUAAGGAAGCAGUAAGCUGCUCAAGAUUGGCCGGGGCGCCACGAGGCCUGUACAAUUCAGUGGAUAGCUGGAUGAUUGUGCCCAACAUUAAACAGAACCAUUACACAGUACAUGGACUCCAGAGCGGGACGCGCUACAUCUUCAUCGUUAAAGCCAUAAACCAAGCGGGCAGCCGGAAUAGUGAACCGACCCGGCUGAAAACAAACAGCCAACCCUUUAAACUGGAUCCCAAAAUGACUCACAAGAAGUUGAAGAUCUCCAAUGAUGGAUUACAGAUGGAGAAGGAUGAAAGCUCUUUGAAGAAGAGUCAUACUCCAGAGAGGUUUAGUGGCACAGGGUGCUAUGGGGCAGCAGGAAAUAUAUUCAUUGACAGUGGCUGCCACUACUGGGAAGUGGUCAUGAGUUCCUCAACAUGGUAUGCAAUUGGCAUUGCCUAUAAAUCAGCUCCCAAGAAUGAAUGGAUUGGCAAGAAUGCCUCCUCAUGGGUAUUCUCCCGAUGCAAUAGUAACUUUGUCGUGAGACAUAACAACAAGGAAAUGCUGGUGGAUGUGCCCCCACAGUUGAAGCGUCUGGGUGUCCUUCUGGAUUAUGACAACAAUAUGUUGUCUUUCUAUGACCCAGCUAAUUCUCUCCAUCUUCAUACUUUUGAUGUGACCUUCAUUCUUCCAGUUUGUCCAACAUUCACAAUCUGGAACAAAUCCCUAAUGAUCCUGUCUGGCUUGCCUGCCCCAGAUUUUAUUGAUUACCCUGAGCGCCAGGAAUGUAACUGCAGGCCUCAAGAAUCCCCUUAUGUUUCUGGGAUGAAAGCUUGCCAUUAACUUUCAAGAGAGCAUAUAACUCACUGGCUCUCCAGUUCAGCAGUUCUUCCCCUCCCUAACCUCAGUUAGUGUUCAAUAUAUGAGACACAAAAUAAAGUUCAUUUGAAGCAUCCAAAAUAACUAGAUAUUAUAGAUUAAAUUUUUGUGCAUUAAAGCCUGUAUUUCAAUUAAUGUAUCAAGUUUCUCAGAACUUAAGCCAUUGGGGAAGAAAUUUAAAGAAUGCCUCUCUUGUAAUUGGAGAAUUAAAAAUUCCCAAUGAUUUAGGAGUAUAAAUGAUAAUGGAAGAAAUUAGGGUAAUUCUAGGUAAAUAAUGUAGAAAGAUGCUCUGAACAAGGGGCUAGCAAGCCCGAGAAAGAGAGGGGUGUCAGGCUCUCUAGUACUGGCCAAUGUAGCCAAGUAGAAUUUUGAAGUGUCAAAUGAUCAUACAUUAUAUGUAGCUUUUGAUAAAAACCUACAAUCAAGGAUUUAUUAUAAAGAAAACAUGUAUGUGUAUAUAUAAUAUAUAUAAGAUGACUAUAUAUAUUCAUCUUAUAUAAAUUAUAUAUACACAUAAUAAAUUUUUUAAUUUGCUCAUUUGACUGAGAAAUAUACUAGGAGGGAAAAUAAAGUAUACCAUCCAUUUUUGUCCCUUAAAGGGAACAGCACAAUCCGCCGGUAUUUCUCCCUUCCUUCCAUCCACUCCUCCCUUCCUUCUUCCUGUCACACAUGCAUACACGUGCAAUAAUAACAUAGAUGGUGGGAAGAGCUCUGGGUUGGGUUAGGAGAGGGGACAAGAUUGCACAAGAGAUGCUCUUACUGGAUGGAAAAUUGAUCCAGGCAGAAGAAUGAUGCGUAGCACAGUGUCAUUGAUGCUACCUAAUGGAGGAGGGUCAUCUGAAUUGUGAAAAAUUCUGUUGCAGAAUACCUCAAAGAAAUACAGUUUUAUUACUCUUAUUAAAUACAGUUGCUAGAAUUAAGCUAAAAAUGAGUUGCAUAAUGGAGGUUCUUUAGGAACCUGCUUUAUUUACAUAACCAGUAAGAAUGAAGUAUUACUGAUACAAGUAUUUGCAUAUAAAUGUAUUUUCAGAUAAAACACUUCAGAAGUACUUAAGAAUUCCUGAGAACAGUUUUUGUAAACAGGUUAAACAAUCAUUCCUCUUGCAAUGCUGUUUACACUAUUCAUCUGCUAAGCCAACCCUUUAUAGCAAAUGCCGUGUGAUGUCAACUUCAUUGCAGUUCUCAUCACCAUCACUGAAGGAAAUCAAGCUCUACGGUCUGUGCUUUUGUCCACUCCUCUCCAGGGACUGGGGAUGUCAAAACCAGAGGUUUCUCCUUUCCUGGAGCUAGGUCUACUUCAAAGAGUCUACUUCUUGGAAGCUGUGAAAAUAUUACUGUUGGGCAAAGUGAUAGCUAUUACAAGCCCUCAGAUUGGAGCCUUGGAACAAUGCCCAAAUUUCCCCUCCUCUUCUUUCCACUACUUUUGUGGAUGUCCAUUCGUUAAUUCAUUCAACAAAUUACUAGAUGCCAGGUACAACCCUGCUGCUGACAUGUUGAUGAAAUACAGUCCCUGCUGUCAAAUGGCCUACUAUUCUGUAGGAGAGACAAAAUAUCUAUAUAAACCCUCUAAAUAAUUGCUUUGUAUUGUUUGUUCACCUAACAUAGAAAGCAAGACUGAUGCAGAUACAGACGGCAGGCUCAAACCUUACGUAUCUAGUGGCAAAGUCAGCUUUUCGGUUUUAAAAGCUAUAUGUACUUCCUGCUAAUUAGGAUGUGAGCAACCUCAGUAUGAUUCAGCAGUGCUGGGAAAUAGCUUACUGUAAUGGAAAACUCAUAGCCUUUGGACUAAAAUAAUCCUAGUUCCUCUGCCAUUUACUAGUGGUGUGACCCAGGGUAAGUACUUCUCUGAGCCUGUUUCUUCUUCUGUAAAGUAAUACCUACCUCACAAGGCUGUUAGAAAGAUUAAAAAAGGUAGCACAUGUUUUUAAACUGCCUAGUACACCACCUGGCAUUUAACUAAGUGUGCAACAAAUAUUACCCCCAUUCCCCAGCCCCAGCCCCAGCCUCAAUACAGUGUAACAGUUCUUUAAAAUGUAUGCCCUUCAUUUCUAAAUUCCCCUGGUCUCUCCUCUAGGACCUAUAUCCAAAUUCUUAAAUAAAACAAAUGAUUUCCCCCUUUCAUAACAUCUUUCACACAUUCCCAGAGCAUUCAGUAGAAGGUGCCAAUUACUUAGGGUUUGGCUUUUCAGGUCCCUGUUUGCUUUUCCAGCUUCAUCUUUUGCACUUGCCUCCUCAUGGUGGUCACUCUAGCCAAGCUCAACUAUUUACAUAAAUUAUUCUCUGGGCCUGGAAAAGAUUCAUUAUUAAUAAUUUUGGAGCGCAGAGUAACAGUAGGAAAUACUCUUAAAGUAAGUGAAUUGGGUGAAAAGGCUGUAAGUGCAGAACACUGCACCUCCGUCCCAGUCCAACCUCUUUUACCUUGUCCUUGGGUCUUCCAUGCCAUUCAUUUUUUUGUGCCCUUUUGAUUUUAGUGCCCUGGAACAAAGCUCUAAUUUCCCCACCUUACUUUUGUCUGUAGCCUGGACUACUUCCCGCUCCCCCAGUCAACCAGAUUAACCCCUGACUCCCUAGACAGGGUUGUAUUCUCCUCGUUGGAGCUCCCGUGGCACCAUGAACAUUUCCCCACUUGGCAAUGAUCACAUUGUAGAGCAGUGUUUUUCAAAGUGUGGUCUUCAAACCACCUCUUGGACGUUUGGGUUUGCUAAAGCAAUAGAACAUCUGGGCACAUAGGUGGCAUUUUACAUUUGUAACAAGCUCCCAGAUAAUUUUGAGGCACAUAAAAAUUUAAUGUAUAAUAAUCAUUUUCCCUACUAGACUAUAAAUACCUUGAGGGCAGGGACUGUAUCUUUUCUUGUUGUAUUUUUAACACCUUGCAUCAUGUGUGAAACAGAGUGGUUGCCUGGCUAAUGUUUAUUGAAUGAAUGUAUGAAUGAACAAAUGAAUAAUCAAGUUUCCCUGUUGUACUCCGAUAUCCAUACUGGUGUUUGCUGUUGCCUGGGUGAAAAAGGUUGGUUACUUCUCCAUUUAGGCUGUACUGAUACAAUUUUGAAGAUGUCCCAGGAUUCAUCCAUAUAAAUGGGGGGAGUUGUCUGGAGCAUGUGGCACCAUUCUUUUCAAUAACUUUUCAAUCUUUUCACACUUCAUUCUUUGAAGGUGGAUUUAAGUUUUUGUUAUAGCCAAAAAUCACUCAAGAGUUAAGCCUACUGAAUAAAGUUGGACAUAAAACUGUGUUUUGGGGUAAGCAAUGAGGUUACUGAGCCAAAUAAUGAAAAGUGGUUUCCAAAAAACAACAGGGUGGCAAAAUAUUCAGUGGUGGUGUAGUGAGUAUCAGAUACUCACUUUAGUAAACUUAAGACUUUUGUAGAAAUGCCAGGGACCUUAAGAGAAGUAAGUCAUUGACUACCUCUAGCUAAAUCCAGUUGCAGAAAGGUAAUAGGAUUUCUAUUUAACAUCUUUAAAGAAGGUGACUCCAUAAGUUUUCACUGUUGUUGCUCUACUCUACCUAUUCUCCUAUAAUCCUUUCUGCUAGCAAAUUAUGCUGUCUGCAAUUUAUGCUUGUUUCCAAUUUUUAUAUUGUCUUGUUGAAGGAAGCACAAAAAUAAUCAAAAACAAAGUUAAACCUGUUUUGAGAAUAUGAAAUAAAUUUUAAUGCCACAUUGGAGUUCUGGCUGCUUGUAAGUAAAAGUAGCUGCAUCUGGAUGUGUUUUUAUCAUGAAUUCCAUUGUGUAACUUUGGAUGCAGUGAAAUUCAGAUUGCAGCAGAACCACUUACAUGUUCUUUUCCACUAAAAUACACUAGGUGAAUUUUCUAAGCUUCCAUGGUUUACAUAUUUAUAUAUGACUACCUGGAUGGAGCAAUCCAUGGAUGGACUUUUUGAUACCCUAUCCUCUACAGAUUGGAGAAUGUGAGGCUGACAGAUAAGAACCAUUCCCAUACUUAUUUCAAUUCGUGAAGCCAAUUAACAGCCUUGGAGCCAUUGGGCUGCAUUUGGCUGUGUAUUACAGGUUGGCCAGGUUGACUGCCAUCAGGUCAGGUAAAACUGCCUUUUACAGUCUGGUCUGCCAGCUUCAGACAUAUGCUGUGUUGUUGUUGUUAGCUAGAAUAUUUAUUAGACUAUUGUUGGACUAUUUUUAAUCAAAUAUUUUCCCCAGGUUGGUUUGUAUUGGGAGCUCUGGACCAAUAGCAUUUCUGCUAGUGACAGAAAUCUGAACAUCUGUAGAUUACACAGCCUCAUCCCUCUAAAAUAUCCCAGCCCAUCCAAAAUGGUAUAUUAUGAAUUAAAUAAAUAUAUAUAUGUA